CUUUGAAACAUCAACGUUAUACAAAUAUACUCACGUUCUUGAUAGGAUAAAAUAUUUUUUUACAAUGAGAUUACGAACUUACCAUAAAUAUAUAGAGUAUGUAAAAUCAACUGGAAUCUGCAUUGUCGUGGUUGGGGGUUGUUGGUUUUUGUACCAAUUAAGGCAAGUAUCACACAUCUUACAAUCCUCUGUACCUACCAAUGUUCUGAGCAAGGACCAACCACAUACUCGAUAUAUUUAUAUUGAUGACCCUCGAUUCAAAGAUGUUCUCAUGUUAAGGAAAGUUGAAAAUUUACAAUCGUCAGUACCAACAGAAUCAUUUUCAUUUGCUCAUAUCAUAAUGAAAUGGUGGAAGUCAUUAACCCGUAAUGUGGCAUAUAAACUAUUACAUAUUGCACAAAAUGGCAGUGACAGAGAACGUUUAAAAGCUCUCUAUACUCUUAAUUCUUUAAAGCAUUUGAAAGACUGGCACUAUCGGCAUAUUGCACAAAUGUUGGAUGCUAAAACUGCAGUGUCUCUUGCAAGAAUGCCAAAUGUUGAUUCAAGAUUUUUUUUGCAGCCACCGUAUCAUCAUGUACAAUAUGAUUUACAGGAUAUAAUAGAAAAAGUAUACCACUUACUCCUUUACUUAAAUACAUUAUGUGAAAAUACACAUCCCUGCCUUCUUCAAUUUCUCAAUAAAAACUUUAAGGAUAUACAUUCUGAUAGUCUGAUACUUGAUCACGAUUUAACAAACUUAGGGCUGGCUGUAGCACCAGCCAUAGUAUGGGAUCAAGAAUUAUUACAGAAUUGUGUUCAAGCGCUAUGCCAUCAUUCAUGCCUUGAGCUAUAUAGUAAAGAUAUUAUCGAUGCUGGUGGUCUUCCAUUAUUAAUGAUAAUAAAGAAAAUUUUCAAUGACAAUAUUAACAUAUGUAUAUUACUUGCGAAAAUAAUUUCCAAUAUUUCACUUCAUUCAAUGUAUUUGCAAGAUAUUUUUCAGUCAGGUUGGAUUGGUACAUUGGUAGAAUGGACUCAAAAUAGUGAUAUAAGAUUGGCAGCAGCAGCCAGUCGUGCAUUAGCAAAUUUAGAUAUGGAUGAGAAUAAUAAAUAUCCAAGACGUAUCUAUCUUCUUCAUCCUUUGCACAAAACUGGAGCAAACACGAAGUUAGAUGUCAUUUUCUUGCACGGACUACUUGGUGGAGUAUUUAUAACGUGGAGGCAAAGAGAUUCAGAUACAUCUGAAGUUGGGGUUGUAGAUCCCUACAUUAUACAAGAUGGAAUCAAUUUUUCAAAUUUGGUAGAUGAUCAGUCACAAGAUUUUUUGAGAGAUUUAACUUAUGAUUUGAGGAAACGUGAAUGGGAUAAAGUGGGGCACGAUUUUGAAGUAAUUCUAGACGAUUGUCCGCAAAGUACGAAUUCUAGAGGGAAUGGACCAUUUUUCUGCCAAGGAAAUGAUACGUGUAUGAAGAAAAUUUAUCACGAUACACGGCAUAAAACGCAGUGUUGGCCUAAAGAUUGGUUACCACAAGAUAUUCCAUUUGUUCGAGUUAUUGGGGUAAAUUAUGACACUAAUUUGUCACUAUGGACAUCUUCAUGCCCAAUAGAGGACAAAAAUACUAUGGGCAAAAGAAGUGAAGAAUAUAUAAAAAAAUUAUUAAUUUCCGGUGUUGGAAAACGACCAACAGUUUGGGUUUGUCACUCAAUGGGUGGUUUAUUAGUAAAAAAAAUGCUUGUGGAUGAAUGGAGGAAUGGUGAUCAAAAUAAUAUAUGUAAAAAUACACGUGGUAUAGUAUUUUAUAGUACUCCACAUCGUGGUUCCCGCGUGGCAGCAUUAAAACAAGCAACGCAAAUGGUAUUAUGGCCAUCGAUCGAAGUACAGGAACUUCGUGAAGAGUCGCCACAAUUAUUAAAAUUACAUAACGAAUUCCUCGAUAUGUUGAAAGAUUAUCCCAUAGAGAUUAUUAGUUUUAGCGAAACUAAAUCUACCCAUGUAACGCCAUUAAAUGUUCCAUUUCAGUUUGUUACUUCUAAUUCAGCAGAUCCUGGAGUAGGUGAAUUUUAUGAAAUUGCUCAAGAUCAUUUGUCUAUAUGUAAACCAGCUAGCAGACAUUCCUUCUUAUAUCAAAAACUUUUGAGCGUUUUGAAAGGUCACAUAACUCACGAGAAAACAACUGUUUCUCCAAUUGCGGAAUUGUUAACAUUGCCAAAUAAAUUACUAUAAAUCUGUAUAUAUUUUUAUGUUUAUAUAAGCUUAUGAACAAAUGGUACAGAUGUAUUUUAUUACUAUCAAAAGCUUUAUUUUUCUAUAUACGAAUCAAUAUUAAUUACGCUAGAAGAAAAGGAAACAAAUAAGGAUAACAAAUUCGUCUUUCUCUUUUUUAAUCAUAAAAAAUAUCAAGUAUUUUCUCAAAUACUUUUUUAACAUCACUGAUUAUUUAUUUCUUUGACUAGAAUGAACAAUAAAAUUUUUUUUAAUAAAAUCAAUAAACUAAUGAUAAAAAAUU